GUAAUUUAACAUUGCACGAGGGGUUGGUGGUAAUUUGGGGUUGCGGAGAAAGAUCUGAGUCACACAAGUGAAGUGAAGUUAAAUCUAGAAGGCAUAUCCCAACUCGAUUCGCUCCGGCCAAACAAUUGCCCCCACCUCACCACGGAUUAGGGCCCCACCGGAAGAAAAGCCCAAACCCCCGCCUCCUUCUACCACCACCACCACCACCACUGCAAUGCCAAUUCUGUAAUUAGAAACCACUAUGGCGGUUCUCGGCUAUGGACCCUCAGUUCUCACUCUUCCGCCGCCGCAGGUCCGCCUUUCCGAUAACCGCCACCUGCAUUUCAACCGUUCCACUCACCGCCGCGUUCAUCUCUCCGAGAGUACCAAAAUCAUAUGCAAAUCAUCAAGCUCUCGGAUCGAAAGCGUUCAGCAUGAUAAUGCAGAAAGCUCCGACACUGCAAAAUCGGAAGUUAUUCCCGAGGAUGGAAACAUGGCUUCUGAUAUUGCUAUUGGAAGUUUAGGAAACAAGGCUGCUGGUAAUGGAAGUUCACUUCUCCCAAUACUAGGAAUACUCCUUGGAAUAGCUGCCUUGAUUACAUUAAUAUCAGUUGGCGUAAAGCCGCUAAGUCUGGGAACAUCAACUGGAAUUCAGUAUGUGCUGGAUGGCUCAUCCUCUCCGACAUUGGCUGCACCUGCUAGUGCUUUUAGCUUCCGGGCUUUUGGAUAUAAAUUUGUGCUUCCCGAAUAUGCCCCCGGAUGGGUUUACUUUUGGCUGCUGAUGGCAGCAGGAUGCGGACUUUUUAUUAGCGAAGAGGCUCUAAAUAUAUGGGUUGGCAUUUCUUUGGCACGGCUACUUUCUUUGGGCGGGACACGGCAAUCUUUAGUUGAUUCGUUUUCUAGAAAUGCUCCAUAUAUGAUAUCCACUGUUAUGUGGGUGUACUGGGGAGUUUGUCUCAGUGAUAUGAUACCGUUUUACGUUGGGAAAUUUUUCAGACAAUCGGGGGCAUCUGAUGAUGUUUGUUCAAAGUUAGGGGUUGACAAAAAGAAAGCUGUGGGCAUUACAAGAGCUAUACAAAGAUAUGGAAAUCUUAUUGGUUUUGUGGAACGAUUUUCUGUUGGAGUAAGAAAUCCAACGGCUUUUCUUGCUGGGGCAACGGGCAUAUCACCAGAGUGUUUCUUUGCCGGUGUCUGCUGUGGUGGACUCAUAACAGUUCCAUUACAGUUGGCGAUUGGAUUCUUGCUGAGAGAACGUCCAGUCUUUGCCCUUGCAACUGUGGCCACUGUAGUGGGAAUGUGGACAGUGUUUCCAUAUGCUGUGGCGGCUAUGACUGCAUUAUUCCUCUAUUUGCGAAGCCGUUACUCUACUUAGCUCUGCGUCUUAUAAUCGGAAUCGGAAGUUUCUAUCGAGGAGAGGCCAAUCGCUUGCAUCUCGAAAUUUAUUAUAGGUAACUAACUUGAAAGAUUAGCUUUGUAGAAGAUAACUCGUAUUUUACCAUUUUUCUGCAAACAACUUCAUAAAUGAAAGAUCAAAAUUUGGGAUGAAGGGUUGUCCUUGCCUUCGUAUUUUCUUGAUAUAUUGUUUAUGGGUGUUUGCUGCUAUUAUAUCCCCUCACAAUAUACAUGUAGUCAUUCUAAAUAAAUUAUUGUCAAGAGUCUCGUAGAUGUAUACUAAUUGAUCCCUGCAUUUAGGGGUGUAAAUGAAUCUAGUGAGCCAAA